AUGUCUAUUUCUUGCGCUCGAUCCCAGUUCGUAAUUCUCAGGUGCAGCUCGCAGGCGCUGGUGCCUUCACCGGUCAAAACCUGUGUGCUCGUGCAGACCCGAGCCUGCUCCCUCCCUCUGUUUGCAGUUCGGCGCAGCAGUGUCCAGUCCUCGCCGAAGCUCACUCGCCUCUGGUUGACCGUGCUCAGCUUCCAAGCACCAAUCAGUGCUCAUCCAGAACCCGUGCACGCACAGCACCAAGAGCAGGAGCAGCAGUUCACAUUAAUUGGAUUUUCCGCAGCAAUUAUGUGUUAUGUUUGUGAGCACUCUGGGCAGUCCAGACUUCAGUACAUGUUCCAGCACAGGACGUCGGUGUCGCAGGCCGAGUGGAGCAUGGCGUCCAACAAGUCGCUCUUCAGCAUCCAGGGCGCCAGCGACCUAUACCCCGGCAGCAGGUCGCACUUCGACUUCUACUACUACGAGGCCAUGGCGGAGGCGGCGGACUCCAAGCUGCCGUCCCAAUGUAGUGCACUGUCCCGUGAUGCCCGUUCUUGA